UCUGGCGUUAACAUGCUAAAAGCGACGUGUACAGCUGGGAUCUUCACGACCGACGCAUCCGCACCCGAGAUGAAGACAAUCUUCAACACCUCAUAUUACCAGCCGAGCUGCACAACUGUGCCAUCGACAACUGCAGCGACAAAAGCCGCGACUGAAACAACUACAGUUAAUGCCACUACCACGGCUAAUACCACUACAACUGAUUCAACCACUACUGCUACAACCCCUUCUGCUGCAACCACCAAUGCUACAACCACUACUGCUACAACCCCUGCUGCUACAACCACCAAUGCUACAACCCCUGCUGCUACAACCACUUCUACAACAGCCACCAAUGCUACAACCACUACUGCUACAACCCCUGCUGCUACUACCACCAAUGCUACAACCACUUCUGCUGCAACCACACUUACUACGGACAGCAGUACUGCUUCUACCACCGCAGCGGGAAGUGCUACCACUAUUUCCACAGCCACUGCCAGUACCACCAUAACAACCAUAGCAGGAGGUGGAGCUACAACCACAGCGGUGGGCACUACCACGACCGACGCGAAUGGCACCACAGCGGCCGGCGGAGGCGGGUUCACUACAAUGACCACAACUACACGUAAGUCUGGUAUCACUGAUACUAGUAUGCACGCAACAUGUGAGAAUGAAUUCAUUGCGGUCACUGAAAUUGGGAUUUCUGAGAAGUUCUCAUGUCUUAGGCAAUGCUAGGCUACAAUUUAGUUAAGUUAUCAAACAUUUUUUUGGCUUAUUCAUUGCUAAUAACUUACUGAAAUUGGAUA